ACCAAUACCAUUGGGCGUGAUAACCACCAAUUGGUAUAAAGAGCUCUUUGUUUUCAAAUAGUAUUUAUUUAUUUACCUCACAAAGGCUAUUGAAACUUUUCAUCCACGACUCAAAAUAAUAAAAUAUCACUUCCUCGAAUUUUGUAAAAUAAUAAGGUUUAUUACCUACCGUGGAAAUCAAACAAUAUUUCAGAUUGCGGUGUUUGGAAUCAUUGGUGAAACACAGGCUGAGAAUAUAUCAACUAGUUCAAUAUAUACUAUUAUGCCAAUAUAAAGAAAUCGAAAGAGUAAUGGAGGACAACCAAAACAUGGAUGAUAUCGAACAGAAUUUUCUGACGCAAUUCAGCUCAAUGGUAACGACUGACAAAGACGAUUUGGUCAAGCAGUUCCAAUCUAUUGGAGAAAAUCUUAACUACUCGACUGCUACAUUUUUUCUGGAUAUGAAUAAUUGGAACUUACAAGCUGCUGUUGGAUGCUAUUUUGAUUUUAUGGCAUUUCCUCGUCAUCCUUCAAUGAAGUUUCUGAACGAUCUAACCGUUGGAAAGGAUGAAAAAGUCACCCCAAACACAUCAUUCAAACAAACAUGGUUACUCCAGAAUAAUGGCGACAUCAGCUGGCCAGACGGUACAUAUUUGCAAAAUGAAACCGAGGAAAAAAAAUAUGUUAUGCCUUCCUUAUCGCCAAAUGACACAACUAUUAUAACAAUCGAUCAAAUAAGUCCAGUAAAUGUAGGGCCAUUUAUUACUCGGUGGUGUCUAUAUGCUUCGAACGGAACUCAAUUUGGAGAAACAAUUACAUCGAAUAUUGAUGUGUGUCAUAGUGGAACAUUAGCCAUUACACAACAAAUGUCACAGCUUCAACCAAUUGCAUCUUCAGAUAUUGAAAUAUUUGAUUCCCUGUCAGCAACAAAUCAGGACGCAAGGUUCCCGCAAUUCUGCAACCGAAGAUAUAGACGAACCUAAGCUAGACGCUGCGAAUGCUGCCGGUGUUAUUAAUAUUAAUGCAAGUGUUAAUGUUUCUUUUUAAUUUAGAUUCAAAUAAAAACAGAACAAA